AUGACUACUACUGUUCCUCAGGUUUUUUCGUUUCAUGAGUUUGCAGGAGUUGCGGAGGCCGUCGCUGAUCAUGUGGUGCAUGCGCAGAAUAAUGCUUUAGAGGAAAAGGAGAAGCCGCUAUCAUCGUCUUCGGCAUGUCAAGGGACGGCUAAUGGGAACAAUUACGGAUUUGUAGGAGGUUCUGCCAUGUAUAACCAGUCUAAUGCUGCACUAUCGCCGCAACAGGUAGUGAAGUCUAACUCCACAAGGAGUUUACGGAACGGUUCUAUUUCACAAUCUUCUAAAGGCAAAAAGACAAAGGAACGUCGUUUUAAGAUAGCUAUAUCAGGUGGUUCUUUGAUACAGGUGUUGCACGAAGGGUUGUUAAAGAGGUCUGAUGUGCAGUGGGGGAAAUGGGAUAUUUAUUUUGCAGACGAAAGGUUAGUGCCCUUUAAAUCUAACGAGAGUAACUAUGGCCAAGCCAAAAGGCAGAUAUUUGAUUUGAUAGAUACCGACAAAUAUGGUAAGCCAAAUGUUCACCAUAUUAACGAGUCGUUAAUCGGAGAGCCACAAGAAUGCGCAGAUGAUUACGAAAAAAUAUUAAUAAAAGGUUUUGCCGGUAGAGAUUCUGUAAAGUUGCCUAUGUUUGAUUUAUUACUAUUGGGAUGUGCUCCAGAUGGUCAUAUUGCAUCAUUAUAUCCGAACUUCCAAGAGUCAUUGCGUGAGAGAUUUGCAUGGGUCAUCCCAGUGACAAAUGCUCCCAGUGGGCCUUCGGAUAGGGUGUCUUUGACAAUCCCCGUGAUUUGUCAUUCUCAUCAAGUUACUUUCGUUGUGGAAGGUUCAACUAAAGCUCCUGUCGUAAAAACUAUUAUGGAGAGACCGGAGAAAGGUCUUCCAAGCAGUAUCGUCAAUGAGGGGGCCGCAGGACGCGUCUCUUGGUUUGUUGAUGAUGAUGCACUAACAGAUGUAAUGGUUUCGAAAAAGAAAUACAAGUUUUUGGUCUCCGACCCGAAUGCCUCUCAAGACACAUGA